AUGUCAAACCUUAGCUUUCUGGAGUUCCAGUACAAGCUUUCAAAGAACAAGUUUUUGCGAAAGCCAUAUCGAUUGUUUUCUUCCCGGGACAGACAAAGCUCUGGCAUACUGUCCACUUUCCAGCCAAAUUUGAAUGAAAUGAGGCAAGUAUUUGAUAAAUUCGACUCCAACAAAGAUGGCAAGAUUUCUCAGCAAGAGUACAAGGCUACACUGAGAGCUUUGGGACAGAGUAACAAGCUCGGAGAAGUGUCAAAAAUUUUCCAGGUAGUGGAUUUGGAUGGAGAUGGAUUCAUUGAUUUCAGGGAGUUUGUGGAAGCGCAGAAGAAGGGAGGAGGAAUUAGGACAACGGACAUACAGAGUGCUUUUCUGGGAUUUGAUUCGAACGGAGAUGGUAAGAUAAGUGCAGAAGAAGUUAUGGAUGUCUUGAGGCGUCUUGGCGAGAGGUGCAGCCUAGAGGAUUGCCGGAGAAUGGUGAGUGCAGUGGACGUUGAUGGUGAUGGUAUGGUUAACAUGGACGAGUUUAUGACAAUGAUGACUCGAUCUAUGGCUCCUGGUUAA